ACAGGUUUUACUGUACAUCCAUUCGAAGGAGGACAUAUGAUUAAAGGCCUUGUAUGAAGACUGAUCCUAUGGACUCUGUUUGGGGUUUCAAGACAUUGAUCUAUAUGCUUGCAAACAAAAUGUAAGUUAACAACCUGGGUUGGAUGUCAUUCUGAACCUACAAUAGAUACAAUUGAUGUUAACUGUGAACCUACAACGGAUGUCGGUUCUAAACCUACAAUGGAUGUCAGUUCUGAACCUUCAGUUAGUGUCAGUUCUGAACCUAUACUAGACAUCAGUUCUGAACCAACAGCGGAUUUUAAUAAGGAAUUGGAAAAGUUUAUCAAAACUGAACCUGAGGAUGAUGAUGACAAUGGGCCCUCAUUGGAUGUCAAUGUUGAUGAAGGUGAAUUUGCUAGAGUUGAGCAAGAGGUGAAUGUUGAUGAAGCUGAAUAUAUUGGAGAUAACCAUGUUCAAUCUGAUAUAGAUUCAUAUGACAAAUCUGAAGCCAUGAUGGAUGUUUAUAAUGAACCUGAAAUUUUAAUUAAAGUUGAAUCUGGGAUUGAUGUGAAUGAGGACUACACAAAUGAUGUCAAUGAGGAAUACACAAAUGAGGUCAAUGAGGAAUACACGAAUGAGGUCAAUGAGGACACAAAUGAGGAAUACACAAAUGAUGUCAAUGAGGAAUACACAAAUGAUGUCAAUGAGGAAUACAUAAAUGAUGUCAAUGAGGAAUACACAAAUGAGGUCGAUGAGGAAUACACAAAUGAGGUC